GUACUUCAGGGGCUGAGGCCCUUACAUACAAGAAAUGUAAGCAAGAUAGUAUGGAAACAUCUAGUAUAGAUAACCCGGGGUUCGACAAAAAAAAUAAAAAGGCAAGAACUUCAGCUACUGAAGAAGAAGAAAAUUUAGCCAAAAUUUGGGGAACAAGCUAUAAAGAUGCAAAAAAUAAGGAGUUGCUCCAAACAGUAGGCCAGAACUCAGACAACACAGUUAACAUUGCAAGCAGUAGUAGUAUGCAGGAAAAUAUAGCAGAAAACAAAGUUGAGAAAACCAAAGUGGCAGAAGAAGAAAACAGCUGGUUUACCCAAACAAAUGAUCAGCACUUAGAAAGUGCCCAUAAGGCACAGUAUGCUACGACAAAAGACUAUUGCAAAAAAAAAAAGUCGCAAGAUAGCACUAUUGAAGAGUUAUUCAAAAGUUGCCUUCUUGUAAUAAUUGAGGAUCCUGAAUUUGUCAAAAUUGUACAGUACUUAAAUCCCAAGGCACAAAUUAUUAAAGCAGAUACAAUUAAGAAUGUAGUUUUGACACUUUAUAAUUCAGAAAAACAAGAAUUGAAGGCGCUUAAUAAUCUUACUAGUUCUCAUAACGAUCUCUAUAAUUAUGCAAUUUCACAUAGUCAAUGGGCCAUAUUAGAGAAAAUUGCUAAAUUUCUUGAACCAUUUAAGGAUCUUAUAGUCAAAAUGUUAUCUAGCACAAAUAGCAUAGCUUUCUGUAUCAUUCCUCUUUUCAAUAUAAUCAUCAAUCAUGUUGAAGACAUAAUUUCAAAUAUUAAAACAAAAAGUUAA